UUGAGCCAUCUCCCAGUAGGUGAGUCUUAGGGACACUCCCAUCCUGUCAUAAAUAAGCCAGAUCCUUAGUUGCUCGUCACUCUGAGUUCCUGUUUCCCUUGUCUCAGGUGAGAAUCACAGGUUCCUUCUGCUCUCCUCCGUUCUUGGUGAAGACACAAAUACAACUGCCGGUUCUUCUCAUUGACAAGGGUAAAUGUGCUAAGGUUUUUAAUGGAAUAGCAUAGGGGGGCAGAGAUGAAGCAACUUGUAAAACAUUCUUGAAAUAUGAAGCAAGAAGAAUAACAUUUAAAUGUCAUGUGAUCAUUAUACCUCUUUAUUCAUCAAAGUGGCUUCAUUCCACUACCUCUCUUCUGUGCUCAGAUCUUGCAUGAAAUAUCGGACAAGCUGAAGUGUUUGGGAGGAAAUUUUCAUAGUCAUUCGUCUUUGCAAUGGGUGUGCUCAGGUUCCAGUGUAUCUUCUUUAGGAGUUCUGUGGGAUCCAGUGGACUCAUGCAAGCCGCGCUCACCCUCCUUCUGAUUAUAUGUUGCUCGACUCAGGAGUACAGAGCACCUCCUUUUAUUCCAAACGUAUCUUUCCUCUGGGCCUGGAAUGUCCCAAGUGAAGAGUGUGCUACACAUUUUAACGUGCAUCUAGAUCUGAGCCUUUUCUCUCUAGUAGGAAGCCCUCGAAAAACUGCCAGGGGACAAAAUAUUACAAUAUUUUAUAAUAGCAGACUUGGCUACUAUCCUUACAUAGAUGACAAGACUGGCAAAGGUAUGAAUGGAGAAAUCCCCCAGACUGGAAACAUGAUAAAGCACUUGGCGAAAGUCAGGGAAGAUAUUGACCAUUACAUAGACGUAGACACGACGGGCCUGGGUGUCAUUGACUGGGAAAACUGGAGGCCUAUCUGGAUGAGAAACUGGAAACCUAAAGAUAUUUACAAGAACCUUUCUAUUGAGUUGGUUCACCAACAACAUGCAGAACUUAAUGACACAGAGGCCAACAAGAGAGCCAAAGCAGAUUUUGAAAGCGCAGGAAGGUGUUUCAUGGAAACGACCUUAAAACUGGUAAAAGAACUUCGGCCAAAUUAUUUAUGGGGUUAUUAUCUUUUUCCUGAUUGUUACAAUGGUUUUAAAGAAACCAAUUACAAUGGAAGUUGCCCUGAUAUAGAAAAGAAGAGAAACGAUAGACUCGACUGGUUAUGGAAGGAAAGCACAGCCCUUUUCCCAUCCAUUUAUUUGAUUGGCAAAUUCCAAUCUUCUCCAAAAGCAGCUCUCUAUGUCCGCAAUCGUGUUUUGGAAGCCAUUCGGAUUUCUGCAGUACACAGUGUUAAACAUCCACUUCCAAUUUUUGUAUAUACCCGUCCAGUUUUUGCUGACAUAGCUUUGAAAUAUUUUGCUGAGGAGGACCUUGUGAACACAAUUGGUGAAACAGUUUCUCUAGGUGUUUCUGGAAUGGUAAUAUGGGGAAGCCUCAAUAUAAGCCGAAAUGUGCAAUCUUGCACAGAGCUAGACAAUUACAUGAAGAAUAAACUGAAUCCUUACAUAAUCAAUGUCACCCUAGCAGCCAAAAUGUGUAAUCAAGCGCUCUGCCAAGACCAAGGAGUGUGUAUAAGGAAACACUGGGAUUCAAAUGACUAUCUUCACCUAAACCCAGAGAGUUUUGUUAUUCAACUUGAGAGAAAUGGAAAAUACACAGUACAAGGGGAGCCCACACUUGAAGACCUACAACAAUUUUCCCAAAAGUUUUAUUGCGCUUGUUAUGCCAAUGUCCAUUGUAUGGAGAGAGUUGAUAUGUCUGAAGUCCAUACUAUUAAAGUAUGUGUGCCUGGAGAUGUUUGUAUAGACACCUUUCUAAACUCAGGACCCGGUGGUCAUCCUUCUAGCCGGAAGGAGAAAUCUGCCACUUCCAGCAAUAUCUUAUCUGCCAUGCCACCAGCCACAGGGUCUCCAUGAUCCUGCUAAAGAUCUUAGUAGGUGCCUCAAAGCCAGAUAGCAGAAGAUGACUGCAAAAAUCCUCAAGUAGGCUCUCAAAGUGUACAUAUUCGAAAUAAGAAACAAUAAAACAACCCAUUCAAGUACAAGUUCAGUGUUUAUUAAAUUUUCUGCCUACAUACAUUAUUUUAAUAUCUUUUACACCUCUAUAUACGACAGUUUAGCUAGCUUAGAUUUUUCUAGGCAAAUGACAGUACCUAUAUACUCAAAGAUUUAUAUUUGAAAAGUUAAUCAAAACUUAUGGGCAAGAUAGUAUUUUUAUUUUUUGAGCAAAGAUUGCUUUUUCACAAUCAAAUUGAACCUGAGAUCAUUAUUAAUUGAUGAACAAAGGAUAUUGGCUAGCACUUUCAAUUUUCAAAAUUGUGGUCAGGGCAGUGUUACUGUAGUAGUAUCCACUGAUACUACAUUUUGCUUUUGAAAAUCAGAGUAGAAUGUUAAUUAUUAAUAUUUCAUAGAAUUUGUUUUGUAAGAGGAUAUCCAACUUUGUAUUUUCUAAUUGCCAUGAGCCUACAGCAAAUAUCUCACAUACCAUGAUGUGUAUAUACAAGAACUAACAGAUAUCUAGUAUAUUCUUGGUUCAAUCUAUCAAAGACUGAUUGUAAGGUCUAUACACUUAGAGGCCUAGUGUUCUUCUGAUAAAAGUAAAGAUUUAGGGGCGCCUAGGUGGCUCAGCAGGUUAAGCCUCUGCCUUCGGCUCAGGUCAUGAUCUCAGGGUCCUGGGAUUGAGCACCGCAUUGGGCUCUCUGCUCAAUGGGGAGCCUGCUUCUCCCUCUCCCUCUGCCUGCCUCUCUGCCUACUUGUGAUCUCUCUCUCUCUGUCAAAUAAAUAAAUAAAAUAUAUAUUUUUUUAAAUUAAAGAUUUAAAUAAUGCUAAUUUACUGCAAAUGAAUGUCUUUCCAAGUAGUUUGUAAUUUGCAAUAAAAAUGUUAAGAAAUUAUUAUGGUAAUAAACCUUAUCUUUUAAAAUGUAAUAUCCCAAGUGUACCCUGUCUGCCUUGAGCAUAGAACUAUGGAUUUUAGGUAUUUCAUCUUGAUAAUUUCUUCAAGUUAUGUUAUAAAAAGGUAAUAUUUAAAA